GAAAUACGAGUCUUUUCUUAAUAGGUGGGGUUUUAGCCAUCCUCUCUAUCUGUGUUGUAAAGCAUAGAAAAAAGGGAAACCGCGUCUCUCUCUCUUCCUCAACCGGGUGUUACACUGAAUAGUCAGUCGGUGCAUCGACUUAUUUCGAUCGUGUGAACUCCAUUUACUUGCAGGUAAAGCGUGAUGAGUUAUUACAAUCAGCAGCAGCAACAACCACCGAUCGGUGUUCCUCCUCCCCAAGGAUACCCUCCAAAGGAUGCCUACCCUCCACCUGGUUACCCUGCAGAAGGGUACCCUCCUCAAGGGUAUCCUCCACAGCAGGCUUAUCCACAACAGGGUUAUCCACCACAAGGGUAUGCUCCACAAUAUGCCCAAGAACCUCCUAGGAAGGAAACCGGUUGCCUUGAAGGAUGUUUAGCGGCACUCUGCUGUUGUUGCCUUUUGGAGGCUUGCUUUUGAAGAAAGUACUUGGGCCUCACUAUAAUUUAGACAUGGUGAUUCACUCCUUGAUUGAUGUCCUUUGUCAAAUUAUUCUUCUCAGAACUAUAUUCUUCUCUAAUUAGCAUCUUAAUGAAGACUUUUAUUUAUGGCUAAGUGUAGUUUGAUCUUCUUAUACUAAUAAGAAGAUUGUUACAUACAUUCUACUUUUAUAUGAAGAAACAUGUCUUCUUUAACUGAAUAACUUUAUUCCCAUAUUUAAAUAUCUUUUAUUUUCCUUAUUUUGGAUCAUGUACUUGUAUACCUUGUUAAUAAUUGAAUAAAUUUGAAUCUUUUAUUGA